UCUCUCCUGAAUGAAGCGUCUCACCCGCGUAGCGGCGGGCAGCGGGCUGAAGGACAGAGACUGGCGCUCUCUGCUGCUGCAGCCGUCAGAGCCGUUGGAACCGCUCGAGCCAUUCUGCUGCAUGCGCGCGGCGGGCCAGCUCUCAGCUAGGCAGGUACGACACAAAGCAGAGCUCACGACUGUUGGUACAGUAAACAACUAGAAGAAGGAGAGGGCAGGAGCGGAGGGUGUGGCCCGAGCAGCUGCCAGAGCUCAGUCCGGCUUUCACCGGAGCGAAAGCGGAAGAAGCGGUUCCACGCCUCCGGCGACAGCAGUGUGUAGAGUUUACAGUUGAGUGCUUGACGGAUGUGGGGGGUGUUGAAAGAGGAAGCGCAGCUUGUUGUCACUGAGCUGCUGCUACCAGAAACUGCAGAAGAAUGAAGACAGACGGACCACAGAAGGUAUGAUAGGAAAUUCUGGCCCGCUGCCCGCAGUCCUGACUGUUGCGUCAGUGGCUUUACUGAGUCUGCUGACGCUGCUGUGUCUGCGAUGCAAAAGGAAACCCAAGAUCAUUCAAGAGGACCGUCAAAUAUACAAUCCACCAACGUUCCAACGUGGGGGGAGUCAGUUUGCAGUGAUGCGAUCAACAACAGUAACCAAAACCAACCAGAUAUCAUCAUCAUUUGCAGCAGCAGCAGCUGAGACUCCAGAGCCAUCUGAACCUCCAGAAGAAGAUGAACAGUCAGACUACAUAAAUAUUGACGUCUGCGGAAGUGUGGAACGUGACUAUGUCAAUCCAAUCAGUGAGUCGCUGUAUGUAAAUGAAAAAACCUUUAACAACGGACUGGAUGACAUUCCAGGAGUGUAUGGAAACGUUUUCCCAUCGAUAGAAUUAACAAACGACGACGACGACUAUGAAAAUUCAGACUUCCUAAAAGAGACAGAUGUACAGAAAAAGACAGAAGCACCGGCAGCGGGUACCUCUCCAAAUGAUUCAUCACAAGAUGAGGCAGAUUACGUAAAUCAGAUCAGUAAUGUACUUGAAAGAAGCAUCGGUGAGAAGAUGUGACCAUCCUGGACAGCUCUGCAAGUUAUCUGGUGGAAAACUGAAGCUGAAAACUGCUACUUUAAAAAAGAUUCUCAUGUCUGUCUGACUGACGUGCAAAUAACAUGCACAGAUGCUUUUGGACACUGAAAGUGAAAACCAAGUCUGCCACCUGGUGGUGAAAUAAAUCAAUUUAAAUAUAGUGUAAACAAA